AUGAAGAUGGUCUCCUCCUCGCGCCUCCGCUGCCUCCUCCUGCUCCUCCUCUCCCUCACCGCCUCCAUCAGCUGCUCCUCCGCCGCGCAGAGAGAUUCAAAACUCCGACUGCUCCUGCACCGGACCCCGCUGCUGGGCUCCAAACAGGACUUGUCUCGCUCCUCCCUGGCGGAGCUGCUCCUGUCAGACCUCCUGCAGGUGGAGAACGAGGCUCUGGAGGAGGAGAACUUCCCUCUGGCUGAAGGUGAACCCGAAGACAUCCAUGUUGACCUGGAACGAGCCGCUGGCGCCGGGCCGCUGCUCUCCCCCCGAGAGAGGAAAGCCGGCUGCAAGAACUUCUUCUGGAAGACCUUCACUUCCUGCUGA